AUGGCUCUGCAGGAGCUGGGCAUCAGUCUGUCCCUGACCGGCCUCGCUGGGACCAUGCUGAUCUGCGGCCUGCCCAUGUGGAAGGUCACGGCGUUCAUCGGCACCCACCUGGUGGUCAUGCAGGUGUUCUGGGAGGGUUUGUGGAUGACCUGCGUCAGCGAGUACACGGGUCAGAUGCAGUGUAAGCUCUACGACGCCCUUCUGGACCUGUCCCCGGACCUCCAGGCGGCCCGCGGACUCAUCUGCACCAGCCUGGUGCUGGGGUGUCUCGGGUUCCUCAUCUUCCUCCUGGGGGCAAGGUGCACCAACUGCCUGAGCCACCCUCACAUCAAGGCCCGGGUGGUGGUCAGCUCGGGGGUCAUCUUCUGCUUGGCGGCCCUCACAACCAUAGUCACUGUUGCCUGGACCGCCAACUCCAUCAUCUCAGAUUUUUACAAUCCUCGAGUCCCCGAGGUGCUGAAGAGGGAGCUGGGAGCGGCCGUUUACAUCGGCUUUGUGGCAUCUGGGCUGCUCUUCUGUGGAGGGGCCAUCCUGUGUCUGAGCUGCCCCCCACAGGGGCCCAGAUUCCCCUCCGGCGGGUACAGGCGGGCCAAGACGUCCACACGCAGCAGCUACGCCAUCCAGAACUAUGUGUGA